UCUUCUCACUGUGACAGAAGCAGGUUGCUCUAAAAGGGAAACAGCUUCUCUCCUCUGACACGAGUGGUUCCUCUGACAGGGAUAUGAACAGGGAAAUAGCUUCUCUCCUCUGACACGAGUGGUUCCUCUGACAGGGAUAUGAACAGGGAAAUAGCUUCUCUCCUCUGACACAAGUGGUUCCAGGUGGGUUUCAGACUCAUUAACUCUCAUUUGGGUUUACAAAGAUAUAUUCCACCUGGAUCCUUGGCAGCAAAAAGCUUUCGAUCCAUACCAUCCUUGAAGCUGAAAUAUGAGAUCAAAUAAAGACCAAGGCACUGUACCAACUGAGAUUCAGAAGAGCUCCUAGGUGCUUUAAGAUCGCCACACGUUGGAAUCAGGACGUGAGUCAACAACAACCGUAUGUGUGAAUGAAUGAGAAUGGUAAAGGCACUUGUUCAAACUUGCUUGAGGUUGCUGUCGAUUCUCACCGUGGCAAAGUGUAAGAUCCCAGAUGCCCACGUGACAUGCCUAUUCUCUGAAGACUGUGUUCUGCCCUGCAAUUUCAAACCCAGUGGGAAUGAGAUCAUCCGCUGGUACCUCCACGAAGUGCUCCUCCUCAGCCAUUCCCAGCAGGGUGGAGAACAGCCUCCACAGGAUCACAGUACCAGGACGUACCUGCUCCAGGACCAGCUCUCCCGGGGCAUCGCCUCGCUACACCUCAGCCAGUGUGGCAUCAAGGACCGAGGCCGCUACAGGUGUCUGGUCAACAGCACUCUGGGACAACAGGAGUCCUUUGUCAUCAUGAAAGUGGAGGCUCCCAUCAAGAUGGUUACUAUGGAGAAGAGUAUGAACAGAGAGAUUCAGUGUCUGUCCAAGGACAUCUUUCCCGCUCCCCGUGUGCAGUGGUCCACUCUGCCCCCGAAAGAGAACCUGAGACCCAUCACCCAUAUGGGACCCAACACUGAAGGCCUCUACUCCUUUCAGAGCACGCUGAGAAUGUUUGAAAAUACCCUCACCUACAUCUGCACCGUUAACUCCACAUAUGGAUCACAGUCAUGGAGGAGCUCACUGCAAGAAAGAGGGUUGAUUGGAGAGGAGGGGAAAGAGCUGUCCAUACCCUGCAUCGCUCCACAGAACCUCCAGAACUUCUCCCUCACCUGGACCUUCACCAGAACCAAUGAUCCCACAGUCAUCCUCAGCUACGACAGCAGAACCAGACGGACCUCCAACCUCUGGGAGGGCCGGGCUGGACUGAAGCCGGACCAGGUUCUGACGGGAGAUGGAUCCCUCCUUCUUCACAACCCAGAGAGUCGGGAACAAACAGGAACUUACACCUGUACAUUCACAGGCCUCCAGAGCAGACACAUGGUCCAAACCCAGGUCAACAUCAGGUCAAGAUCCCAGUUACCAGUGACAGAAAAGAUGCCAAAGACAACAGGCCAGGCAGAGCGUACAGGGGGAAGUCACUUCCAAAUGUUGGUGAUUGUUGUAGUAGUUGCAGUGGUGGUUGCAGCAGUAAUAACAGCACUACUACUGUAUAGAAAACUACGAGCCAACCAAUGGCAGGCUGGUGUGACCACUGUGGAGGACACAGAGAUGCAGCCAACGGGAACUAUUAAGACAGAUGAUUCACCAAUGGAUAACUGCCAGCUGACAGAAGACCACAACAAUAGCUAUAAUUAGCUCUGACUGACAAGCAGGUUAGUGCUAUCCGGGAUCCUUGGGAGUUGGGAUGUCCUUACCCUAAACCCUAACCUUAAACCCCUACCCUUACCCUUAGCUUAAACCUAACCAUAACCAUUACCUAACCCUAACCCUUACCUUAACC